CGGUUCGAGGGGCAGGGUUAGGGUUUUGGCCCCCGGUUGAAGGGGCAGGGCCCCCGGCCAGAAACUUCCCCGGCGAUCUCCAUGUUACUAGGCGACUUCCUGUCACCACUUCCUGUUCGGUUGCACUGCUGACUUUCUGCAUGUUUUGAAUAGGUGACGUGAAGCUUUAUGUUGAGACCUUUAAAGUUCCCAAAUGUGUCCUGUACCAGCGACCCGCCUGGAGCGGCUUUAGCUCCGCUGGGCUUCACUUAGCAGACACUCCCAAUGAACUACUUGAAGUUUGUGUGCUAAGGCUAGCGGCUAAUUAGCCCUGCUAAUCGGAUUGCUAUACUUUUUACUGGGUUUGUUUAUAUUCUCGAUCUGGUUGUGUUAUGGUCGAGUGCGCGGGACUAUCCAUUCACCCAGGUCUGGUCCGUACUACAGCCGACCCGGUACCAGGCCUUUAGCCUCUGGGUUAAAGGGCUACCAGGGUCGAGAUUAGCCCGACGACCCCCGUGUGUCCAGAUGUAGGUGAUCUUGGACGGACCCACCGAUAUCAUGGCAGACCCACACCCACCAACCAGUACCAGCCUUUGCUGCUGCCGCAAACCGCUGCCGGUUCCUGGGCGACCCGGAGCCGAUGCUGCCCGGGCCAGGCGCCCCCAUCCCGGCUCCGCCAGGUGUCCACUUGUCGACGUCGCGUCGGCGUCCAACUUCCAGAGCUUCCAGCUGAACCACUUCCACCUCGACCUGCGACUUAACUUCACACUGAAGGAGAUGACGGGCUGGCUGGUGUUGGAUCUAGUCCCCAUCCAGCCGGGCAUUGACACUUUAGUCCUGGACACACACCCGUCGCUGCUCAUCCACUCUAUCGACUGCAAAAUGCCCGGCUCGACGCAGCUCGACCGACCGGUUUCUCUCACGUACCGGGUCGACCCCUUCACAGACUACGGGUCCUCUCUGAACAUCAGCUUGCCUGGUGUGGUGGUCCAGCGGGGGAAGGGCUUUCAGAUCACUCUCCGCUUCACCACCACCGAUGGUCCGGCGACGUGGUGGUUGGAUGCUCCCCUGACUUGCGGUCAGUCCCAGCCUCUGGUCUUCACCCUGGGCCACUCGGUCUCCAACAGGUCCUUCUUCCCCUGCUUCGACACUCCAGCCGUGAAGAGCACCUACUCUGCUACCGUCCGCGUUCCUGAGGGAGUGAUGGUGCUGAUGAGUGCCACCCGGAGCUCCUACUCCAAGCCGGACCGGGUCUUCCACUUCUCCAUGCAGUACCCGGUGCCGGCCUACUUGGUAGCGCUGGUGGCUGGUGAGCUGAAGCAUGUCGACGUGGGCCCCCGGAGCCGGGUGUGGGCGGAGCCUUGUCUGUUGUCGUGUGCCCUGAACAAGCUAGGGGGCAGCGUGGAGCGCUGGCUGGCCGUCGCUGAGGACCUGUUUGGGCCCUACCCCUGGGGAAGGUAUGACAUCGUAUUCCUGCCGCCCUCCUUCCCCAUCGUUGCCAUGGAGAACCCCUGCCUCACCUUCAUCAUCUCUUCCAUCCUUGAGAGCCGGGACUUCCUGCUGAUCGACGUCAUCCAUGAGAUCUCCCACGGCUGGUUCGGGAACGCCGUCACCAACGCCACCUGGGAAGACAUGUGGCUGAGCGAAGGCCUGGCCACCUACGCCCAGCGCCGCAUCACGACCCUGGCCUACGGUGAGGCGUUCACCUGUCUAGAAACUAGGUUUCGAUUGGACGCUCUGCACCGACAGCUCCGCCUCCUUGGGGAUGACAGCCCCGUCAGCAAAUUACAGGUCACCUUUGAACCAGGUGUGAACCCCAGCACUUUGAUGAACCUCUUCACCUACGAGAAGGGCUUCUGUUUCGCCUCCUACCUCUGCAAGCUCUGCGGAGAUGUCUCACGCUUCGAUGCUUUCCUCAGGGCAUAUAUCAGCCAGUUUAAGUUCAGCAGUGUGGUGGCUGAGGACCUGAUAGAGCUCUUCUUGGACUUCUUCCCUGCCCUGAAGGAAGAGGGUGUGGCACAUCGAGAAGGUCUGGAGUUUGAUCGCUGGCUGGGGGGCUUGGGGGCUCCCCUCUAUGAGCCCGACCUAUCGGCCGGCGGCGUCCUCACGCGACCCGUGCACCAGCUGUGUGACCUCUGGGCCGACCCCGCCCCCGACCCCAACGCCCUGGCAGCCUUUGACGUCUCCACCUGGACCUCCUUCCAGACCGUGCUCUUCCUGGACCGCAUGUUGGACCGCUGCCCUCUGCCCCACGAGCUGAUGGAGGGUCUCAGCGGGGCGUACUCCAGGCUGCUCGCCUCCCAGAGUGCCGAGGUCCAGAUCCGAUGGCUGCAGAUGGUCGUCAGGAGCAACUACCCCCCGGAGAUACCAGCUGUCAGGAGCUUCCUGCACAAACACACGUCGAGGAUGUACACGGUUCCGCUGUACGAAGACCUGGUGGCUGGGGUGAUGAAGUGCGUCGCCAUGGAGACCUACAGCCAGACCCAGGGACGACUGCACCCUAACCUGCGACGCUCCCUGCAGCAAAUCAUCUUCCAGUGCGCCUCUGAUGUCAACGUCAUACCAGGUCUGCCUCGGAUGCCAUCACGCCCCUCUUUAAAGGAGUCCUCCGAGUGA